AUGAAGUCGGCAGGCCGGUUAUUCUACUUGUCGCUGUUUGCCCUUUGGGCGCCUGCUGCCAUAUGCUCCGAGGAGGAAGAUUGUGCGAUUUCUCCCAAAGCGAUUGUCCAAGAUGCAUGUGCAUCCUACGCUACCCUCGACCGCUUGAAUGCGCAGGUCAAGCCAGCCCUCGACGACCUGACGCGAACCACCGACUUCUUCUCCCACUACCGACUCAAUCUCUUCAACAAGGCGUGUCCCUUCUGGAAUGAUGAGGGUGGCAUGUGCGCCAACAUUGGAUGCGCCGUUGAGACGCUCGAUAACGAGGAGGAUAUCCCCGAGGUCUGGAGGGCCGCCGAGCUGGGAAAGCUGGAGGGCCCCAGAGCAAAGCACCUGGGCCAGAGUGCCAGGAAGAGGCACCCUGAGAAGCCUCUCCUAGGAGAGCUGGGUGGAGGUGUCAGCGAGGGCUGCGUGUUCGAGUACGACGAUGAAUGCGACGAGCGAGAUUACUGCGUUCCCGAAGACGAGAGCGCCGGCUCCAAGGGCGACUAUGUCAGUCUCCUCCGAAACCCAGAGCGAUUCACUGGCUACGGUGGCAUGGGAUCCAGGCAGGUCUGGGAUGCCAUCUACCGCGAGAACUGCUUCCAGCGCAGCUCCUUCCCCCACACCGCCAACUUGGGCUCCUCCUCCCCGAAGAACCUCGCGCAGCAGGACUUUAAGCAAGUCCUGGACGCCGCUGCUCGACAGCUCUCAAACGACAAGCUCGAAGUCCCCAGCGGCGAUGUUGAGACCAACGACGAGUGCCUGGAGAAGCGUGUGUUCUACCGCGUCGUGUCCGGAAUGCACGCCAGUAUCAGCACCCAUCUGUGCUGGGACUUCCUGAACCAGACAACCGGCGAAUGGCACCCCAAUCUGUCAUGCUACGCCGCCCGUCUUCACCCAUUCCCAGACCGCAUCAGUAACCUCUACUUCAACUACGCUCUUCUUACACGCGCGGUCGCCAAACUUGGUCCUUACCUAAAGGACUACACCUUCUGCACUGGCGACGAGGUUGAAGACAUUGCGACCCGCAACAAGGUCCUCGAGGUCACCGACCGCGCCGCCACCGUCCCCCAGAUCUUCGACGAGGGCCUCAUGUUUGUUAACGGCGAGGGGCCGUCGCUGAAGGAGGACUUCCGCAACCGGUUUCGCAACGUCAGCCGUAUUAUGGAUUGUGUUGGCUGCGACAAGUGCCGGCUCUGGGGCAAGAUCCAGACCUCGGGCUACGGGACGGCCCUCAAGGUCCUGUUCGAGUUUGACAACGCCGAGGACCUCCCCGUGCUGAAGCGCACCGAGCUCGUCGCACUGUUCAAUACCCAUGCUCGGCUGAGCUCUUCUCUGAACGCGCUCGCCAAAUUCCGCGACAUGUUGCAGGAGAGCAAGAAGGAGCAGGAAUCUGAUGAGACCAAGAAGGAACCUGAGCCAAAACCUGAGGAGAGUAAAAAGGAGCCUGAAUCUGAGGAGAGCAAAAAGGAACCUAAACUUGAGGAGAGCGAAAAAGAACAUGAACCUGAGGAGAGGAAAAAGGAACCUGAACCUAAGGAAAGCAAAAAGGAGCCAAAACCUAAGGAGUCAGUGGCAGCCACUCCUAAUGAAAUGAAGGAGGAGAAAACUAUGAGUAGCGAAUCCACCUCUCCGAAAAAGAAAGAGCCCUUGCGGCCUCCGACCAUCACAGAACAAUUCAAGCAAGAGUUUGGAUUGGUCUGGGACGCGGUCGCACUGGUUACAGGAAGCUGGUGGAGAGCGCCUGCGGCAUUAUUUCACAUCUUCUCCUCCGAAACCAAGAGGUUCGUUCGAUUUUGGAUUGGACUCCCUGUACCCGAUCGGGAUUGGUCAUUCGAAUGGCCCAGUCUCCAGCGAGAUGAGCUAUAG